ACCCACUUAAUUUCCUCCAACUCCUCCACCAACAAAAACGGACAAAACCAACAAGAGGCCGGCGGCCACAAGAUCCCAAAGCCACGCCCGAAAGCAUAAAUUCCAUCCGGAUACUCUUUUCCUUUGAGGUUUUCACUCUCUGUGGAAAAUGGGUACGACGCUCGUGCUCUCGAACGCCUUCUCUCCCUUAUCUCACCGCCACCGCCACCGCCAUGGAAAUGAGCGGACCCACCUCCAUAGACGGCCAACCUCCACCCUCAAACCCUCCUUCAACGAGUGCCUCCUCAAUUCACCAUUUCCUUCCGGUUUCAGUUCCCUCCGGAAGUUUCGGCUGGCCCCCCGCACUUCCCUUGACACAGAGACCUCGUCCUCCCAUGAUGAUCAUGACAAAGACGGGCUUCUGGGGGAGGGGCUGGUGGGCGAGGAAUCCGCCGCGUUCGACUUUGGCGAGCAGAAGAUAUCUUCUUGGAUCUAUUUCUCUCUUGUUCUUGGAGUGGUUCUGGUUUUGCUUGACUUAGUUUGGAUCGAUAACUCCACGGGCCUUGGCAAGGCCUUUAUCGACGCUGUUUCGGAACUUUCCGACAGCCACGAGGUUGUGAUGUUGGCCCUCAUUCUCAUUUUUGCCAUUGUUCACAGUGGCUUGGCUAGCCUCCGAGAUGUAGGUGAGAAACUCAUUGGAGAACGAGCUUUCCGUGUUCUGUUUGCAGGGACAUCUCUGCCUUUGGCUGUUAGUACUAUUGUGUACUUCAUCAACCACAGAUAUGAUGGACUACAGUUAUGGCAGCUCCAGAGUGUUCCUGGGUUACACCAACUCGUGUGGCUAUCUUCUUUCAUCUCCUUCCUUUUCCUUUAUCCUUCAACCUUUAAUCUGUUAGAGGUAGCCGCAGUUGACAAGCCCAAAAUGCAUCUUUGGGAAACUGGGAUCAUAAGAAUCACCAGGCACCCGCAGAUGGUUGGGCAGGUAAUCUGGUGCCUGGCUCACACUAUUUGGAUUGGGAACUCCGUGGCGGUGGCAGCCUCCCUUGGAUUAAUUGGACACCAUCUAUUUGGUGUUUGGAAUGGAGAUAGGCGGCUAGCUGUGCGAUAUGGUGAGGCUUUCGAAGAUGUGAAAAGGCGUACAAGCGUUAUUCCCUUUGCUGCAAUUCUUGACGGCCGUCAGAAGUUGCCAAAAGAAUACUACAAGGAAUUUAUUCGACUACCAUAUUUAUCAAUCACAGCAUUGACGUUAGGUGCAUACUUUGCACACCCGCUAAUGCGUGCUGCCAGUUUUCGGCUUCAUUGGUAGGGUACAUAGACAUCUUUGUAUUGGUGGAUUAGACACAUGAUUCUGAAUUGUAUAUAAUCGAUGUGCAAUAAGGCAUAUCAUCUGGGUUCAAUUUUGGUUAAAUGCAACAAAAAUCUUUAUGGAGUGGUUAGAAGUGAGGCAAGCUAUUCAGAAA